AUGCGUCGCAUCGCAUCCAUCUUCAACAGCAGGCGCUCUGACAAGGACAAGCCCGCGAAGACCCAGCCGCCCCCUUCGCACACCGCAAAGUCGUCUCGCCUCUUCCGCUCUCGCUCUCACAUCUCUGUCGCCACCCAGCCUUCCAUCCCCAAGCUCGAUCAGGCCCAGUCCUCCUCCUCUUCCUCGAGCGGGUCCGCCUCCCUGCGCACUCCCGACGACGACCAUGCCAGCCCAAUGAACCCUGCCGUCCAUCAAAAACCCUGGACGCCUUGGACAGUCAGCAAGAAACCUCCUGCCACGCAGCGAUCGAGCCCUUCUCAGCCUCUUGGGCGGUCGAACAUGCCCGACGACUCCAUUGCGCGGCCCCCGCCCAAGCCACAAGCCGUCACGCACGACGACGAGUCUGAAGACGACACUUCCGAGUCGUCCGAGUCUGACGAAGAGCGCCUCCCGUCCUCCAAGCCCAUAGCGCGCACGCUCCCUCCGGUUGAAUUCGCCCAGUCGCUGACCGCGAACCACCUGGCCCCCGCGUUCUCACCGUUUCCACUGUUCUACCGGCCUGGGACGGCGCUCUUCCCACGAUCGGCCAACUCCUCACGAUCGUUGUUGUUUCGAGACAGCAUCGAGUCCACGAUGCACAAGCAGCGAUUGCUUCGGAAGAUCGUUCGCGACGAGCUUUCGCCUUCCGAACGGCGUUCUUUGGCGGUGUUUGGCUCACGGCCUGCUACGGCAGCGGUCAGGCGGACGUUGCCCUUGCCCGACGAAGGGGCGUUCCCAGACGUCAAGCAUGUCGCACCGCACAGUCGUGGGCUGAAGCGUUGGAUACAGAGACCCUACUUCGAAGAGCGCACGGUGGUCUGGGCCGUCGGGGAGGACAGCGGUGCGAUUGGGUGGACCCGCGUCAAAGGGUCGGGGUUCGGCGUUUGGGCCCUGGACGUAUCGGAAGGGCUGGAAUUGCUGGCAGGCCCGACGGGUGAUGAGCUGGAGAGGCCUUCGGACGAUGUGGCUGCGUGGGAGCCGCCGUCGUCAGCGUCCAGCAGCUCAUCCCAGCUGUCGGGUGAGUCCCCUUUAUACGCCGUCCGCGUUUGGCCUGCAUGUUGA